GAGCAAAUAUUUUAUUUUAUAAAACGGUCGUAAUUUCGGUAGGGUAAAAAGGUGUUCAGAUCCAAACGAGGGACGGUGGCGGCGGCGCGUCGAGCUCCGGCGGCCGAGGGGGUUUCCGAACAGAUCAGGGUCUCAGGGAGGGCCAUGUCGUCUCUGCUGCUGCGCUCGUCGGCCGUCCGUCGCGCUCUUUCCGCGGCCUCCCGGGAACAUGGGCCUUCCUUUCGCCGUGCCAUCUCAGCGGCAGCCACCGCGUCCGGAGGAGGGUUGGAAGCUGCCGUCGCCCGCGGUCCAACCCUACCGUACCGGUGCCGCAACCUCACAGUACACAGCAGAGAAAAGAUGAAUCAGCCACUUAAUGUGGAGAAUAUAGACUGUGCAUUGGACAAAUUAUUUAUUGUGUGUGGGGGCAUUAGAGUUCUUGCUAAGGAGAGGAAACCAGUGAGUCUGUUUGUCUGGUGGGCGUAUGGGGUUGGUCCUAUUAUUGUUGCUGGGGCGGUUGCAAAGGCUGCAAAGCACUCUGGAGUGACUCAGCCAUGUGAUAAUAAUAGAAUAUAGCUAACCUGUCAGUUGGCGAGCAGACGUGGUGCACAAGGACUGGAACUUUUGCUUUGGCUGUGUCGCGAGACGGACGGCAGGAUAGUCUGUCCCACUCGUCUUAUGAUCUCAAACAAGGAAAUAUCUAACUUAAAAUUAUGUAAACUAUGUUUUUACUGCAUAUGGUGUGGGUGAGAUUAAACCUAAUCCCUCCCUGAAAACGAGCCAGCCAUACUCUAAGAGCAACUUCAACAGUUACCCAAA